GUAAUCUACUGAAGGAGUUUGUGCAGAAGUGAAACGAAGAGGAAGCCAUGGACGUUGUUCAGCGGCCAUUGUGGCUCUGCACCUCCCCCGUUUUCCCACUUCCCAGACUUCAAACCGCUAGAACUUCGAGCCCGCUACAAUUUCCGCUUUCGCGCUUUCGCACUUCUCUCUCUAUUCACUCUCGUUCUUCUCUCGCAGUUCGAUUUGCGACGCCCGAGAGCCAGGUGGGCGAGGAGGUCGAUUCUGAUACGCAAGAAUGGGCGAUGCAAGAUUUUUACUCCUUAAGGAAAGAAGUGGAAACAGCCUCCGAGCGUGUGGAAGAGAUAAGAAACUCUGCUGGUUUGUUACAGUUGGAUCAAGAAGUUGCAGAUUUGGAGUCGAAGGCAGCUGAGAACUCUUUCUGGGAUGACAGAUCUAAAGCUCAACAAGUUCUCAUGGCCCUAACUGACGUGAAAGAUAAAAUAAAGAUGCUUACUGACUUCAAAACACAGGUUGAAGAAGCAGAAACGAUAGUUAAACUGACUGAAGAGAUGGACUCUGUAGAUACUGGGCUUCUUGAAGAGGCUGCUAGUAUCAUUAAAGACCUAAACAAGGCACUGGAUCAAUUUGAAUUAACUCAACUUCUUUCGGGUCCGUAUGACAAAGAAGGUGCUGUCAUCACGAUCUCGGCUGGAGCUGGGGGUACUGAUGCACAGGAUUGGGCUGACAUGCUUCUGAGAAUGUAUGUGAGAUGGGGAGAGAAGCAAAGAUACAAAACAAGAGUAGUUGAGAAAUCUGCUGGGGAGGAAGCCGGAAUAAAAUCAGCUACAAUUGAAAUUGAAGGUCGUUAUGCUUACGGAUAUAUAUCCGGGGAGAAAGGAACACACAGGAUCGUGCGACAGUCUCCGUUUAACUCUAAAGGACUUCGACAGACGAGCUUUUCUGGUGUGGAAGUCAUGCCUCUCCUUCCUGAUGAGUCCAUGGAUGUUGAAAUACCAGAAGAGGACCUGGAAAUAAGUUUUUCAAGGGCAGGCGGAAAAGGAGGUCAAAAUGUUAACAAGGUCGAAACGGCUGUACGCAUCACUCAUAUCCCCACAGGCGUCACGGUUCGCUGCACAGAGGAAAGAUCACAGCUAGCAAACAAGAUCAAGGCGUUAAGCAGGUUGAAAGCCAAGCUGUUAGUCAUAGCCGAGGAGCAACGUGCAUCCGAAAUCAAGCAAAUACGUGGAGACGCCGUAAAGGCCGAAUGGGGUCAGCAAAUAAGGAACUAUGUGUUUCAUCCAUACAAGCUAGUGAAAGAUGUUCGGACAGGACAUGAGACAUCAGACAUUGUCUCCGUGAUGGAUGGUGAAUUGGAGCCCUUCAUCAAAGCUUAUCUGAAAUACAAAUACAGUAUGGCAUUAGCUACUGGUGAGGUCAACUAAAAACUUGCAUAAACUAGUGAUUCUUAGCUUUAAUUGGUGUCUUGUGAACUGUUCUUAUGUAAUAUAUUGAAAGCGGCAAAGGGCAUUAGGCAAAGUUCAUUGCAAGCAAAAACCCUUUCAUAGCUGUAAUGACAUGGGAAAUCUCUAUUCUAAAUGGAUUUUGAAGCUUUUUUAGUC